CCGCUGCUCACCGGAAGCACGGUGGUCAGGUCCACGAAGCAAAAGAAACACACAAGGCAACAAGAAAGCGUGGGUCGGCGGAAGGAAAGGGUGAAGAAACCAGAGGAACCCAAGAAAAGAUUCGCAGCUUCGGGGGAGCGGAUUGCUGGGCAAAUGGGGUCCGGAUCUUUCCUCAAGGUGCUCGUCAGCAACCUGGACGUUCUCGCCGGGCCCAUAGUUUCACUCGCUUAUCCUCUGUAUGCGUCUGUUCGAGCAAUAGAAACAAAAUCUCCUAUAGAUGAUCAGCAAUGGCUCACUUACUGGGUGCUGUACUCGUUUAUCACUCUGUUUGAGCUCACUUUUGCUGCAGUAAUUGAAUGGCUCCCUUUCUGGUCUUAUGGAAAGCUGUUUUUCAAUUGCUGGUUGGUCUUGCCCUACUUUAACGGUGCUGCGCAUGUUUAUGAGCAUUUUGUGCGGCCAAUGAUUGUGAACCAGCAAGUUGUAAACAUCUGGUAUCUUCCAAAAAAGGAAGGUUCGGAUAAACCUGACGAUGUAAUUUCAGCUGCACAGAAAUACAUUGAACAAAAUGGAUCAAAAGCAUUUGAGACUCUCGUUAACAAGUUUAAGACUACAAACGCAAGGCGCUCAAUUUUGGAGGAGGUAGAGGCGGAAAGGAGAGCCAGGGCUGAACGAGAACUGGAAGCAAGGGAUGUGAAUCCAUUCUUCCACCCGAAUUACUGAUUCUGGAAAGCUCUUCUGUUCAGGCAUCAGGUGACACAAUGUAUGUUCACCUGAUGUGCUGCUAGUUCUUUUUAGCUUAUAUACUAUAUUUAGCCCUGCAUUUUGUGUGAUUUCUCCUUCAGUGCCUUUAAUGUAGGAAUUGAUCAGACCAGGUCGAGGGGAGAAUUCUAGAGGAUCGUAUUUAGAUUUGAUAUAUUACAUAGCUGAACAAUUAUGAAAUCUUGUAAAUAGGUUCUUGCUGGAUGGUUGUAUGAAUCUGGACCAUGUAAUGGUUAUGACUUUCUCAUGGAUGACUGAAAUUUGUGUAUGCAUCA